AUGAUGCAAUGUUCUCAUAAACUCACUAUUAUUUUGGUCGUGUGUUUGAUAAUCCUUUUCGUUUGGGACCUAAAUGUUGAUUCACUAGUUCCUUCUUACGGGUAUUUAUCAAAAACUGUAGCGACAGACGACCCAGCUGUUAUUUUACUGAAUUCAGCGGAUAUAAAUGGAACAUCGGUACUGUCAGAUGUCUAUGGUAAGUUAUUCUGUGAAUAUUAUUUAUUUUUAGGUAACAUUACACAAUUUAUUGGACAAAACUCAUCUUUACCUGACUGUCCUGUGGAUCCUCCUAAUUUGGUAGGACCGAUAAGAGUAUGGAUGGAUGCCCCGACAUACGACAACAUCAAUAAGGUAUACCCAUGGCUAGAAGAUGGUGGGCGAGGUCAUCCAGACGAAUGUAAAGCGCGACAUCGUGUAGCCAUAAUCGUGCCUUACCGGAACCGUGAAAAACAGUUGCGCAUCUUGUUACACAAUCUACAUUCCCUAUUGAAGAAACAGAAUAUUGACUAUGCUAUAUUCAUCAUCGAACAGGUAGAGAAACAGACCUUCAAUAGGGCAAAAUUGAUGAACGUGGGAUAUACCGUAGCCAGCCAAAUGUAUGAUUGGCAAUGCUUCAUAUUCCACGAUGUUGAUUUACUACCAGAAGACGACAGAAAUGUGUAUUCGUGCCCAGAAAAACCCAGACAUAUGAGUGUAGCUGUGGACAAAUUUGGAUACAAGUAAGUUUUAAAUUUAUAUAAUAAAAAAUUUCAAGCUUUUUGUAAAGCUGAAUUAAACUUUAAACAAUUUAGACUGCCAUAUGGAUCCAUAUUUGGUGGAGUUAGUGCAUUAACCAAAGCUCAGUUUGUCAAAAUGAACGGAUUCUCAAACGAUUACUGGGGAUGGGGUGGAGAAGACGACGACAUGUCUUCAAGGUGAGGUUUCUAUUUUGUGCCAUAACACAUCUUUAGGAUUGUGUAUUCUGGCUACGAGAUAUUCCGAUACCCAAUAAAGAUAGCUCAUUAUAAGAUGAUAAAACACUCUAAAGAGACAGAGAAUCCUAAAAACACGUAAGUCUAACUUCCAUAUUCGAUUUUAGAAUAAAUAACCGCAUUUUUUUAAUAAAUUUAGGUAUAAAGUUUUGAAAUACUCAAAAAAUAAGUUUCAAAAGUAAAUUUUUCUAAAUGUAAUACCAUUUUCAGAUGUCGGUACAGACUAUUGAAACUAACUAAAAAGAGGUACCUUAAGGACGGAAUUAACAAUUUAAGGUACAAGAUAGUCAACAUAACACAACCUCUCAGUCACACAAGAGUGUUGGUCGACUUACUAGAAAAUGACCUAAGGCCGAAUCUCUCAAAGGAACUUGGUACUAAAGACUGCAGAUGGCCAUAA